UGCAUGGCUCAGCUGAGUCAGCUGGUUUUCAGCUCAUUCGAAUUAAACAUGGCUCCCUGGACGAAAACAUGACUCGUUGAAAAUGAAUAAGAAUAAGCAAGUUGUCGUUGUUGAUUCAACUGUGUGCAAGUUAUUGAAUCAUUGCAUCGUCCCUCACCGCGAGCUUGUUGGCUCUAAUUAAUCUUGGUUCCAAGUUCUAACUCGGUCGCUCUGUUCAAGUUAAAGUUCAAGUGCUACUUGCUACAUGCUACAUACGUGACGGCAACAGGCAACGAGGCAACAUGACUAACGAGUGCGAUCGUGAUACACAUACACGUGUGGCUAACGCCAACGAUCCGACGAUGCCGUCGUCGUUGUCAUCGCUCGAGACGGAUUUCGUCAACUUUCGUCCGCAAAAGGAGUUGGUGUACAAUAAACUCUUGCCCUACGCGAGUGAGCUUGAUGCGGAAUCGCGGAUGUGGCUCGCCGAGAUCAAGGGAAACUUGGGACGUGCGGUCAUGCUACGUGAGCUCAUACCAGGAUGCGUCUUUUGGACGAGCAGAUUAAAUUUAUAUAUAGAACUAUAUGGGAUGAAGUUCAGUAAAGAAGAUCACAUAGCGUUUGUGAAAUUAAUGUAUGAGCUUGUUACCAUAUCAAAUUUGGAUACAUGCCUCGUCAACAAAUUUUCCGCCACAUUGAUCUUACUGUUAAAGAAAAAAAAAUUAAUCAGUCCAGACGACGUACAACUUCCAUGGAGACCCUUAUAUGAGAUUAUAGCGCAUUGUCUACGGCGCAAUCCAAUUGGAAUAUAUCGUAACUCUUCAUUGUUGAAAACUUUAUUACAUUGUGUGAUUUAUUCCGUAAAGAUUUAUUUCCCCUUGAACGCUACGCAAGAAAUAUUAGAUGAAUUAAGACCAAAGCUCUGUCCUCACGAUGGCGUAACAAUGUGCACGAGCCUUCAGAUUUUAGAGUGUUUUUUACCAUUGCAACUAUCUCCUGAGCAUCAUCCCCGCGGAUAUCGAUUGUGGUUUGAUGAAUUUAUGACCAUGUGGAAGGUAUGCCACAAUGGUCCGCAAUGGGAAAAUGAUAUGAUGUGUUUAAUUGCAAGAUUGGCGGCUUUUAAUAUCGGGUAUAUUGACUGGGAACCGCACGUUCCCUUCAUGUUUACUAGAUUUAUACGGUGCCUAAAUCUGCCAGUAACAUAUAAGCAGACGCCAAACACUUUGAAUCAUAAAAUGGAAAUGUCAUCGAUAAGUAUGUGGAUAGUAGCAACCUUGGGAAAUGGUACAAGCACACAGAUGUAUUUGGAAAAAUUCUUGAAAACUAUAGAAACGUAUUUUUAUCCAGCAAAUUUUGGGCGAUGGGUGGGAAAGUUAAAGGAACUCCUUGUCAAACUUCCAUAUCAUUUUAUUAUACGUUUACACGCCAUCCAUUUUCCUCGGCCUAUAAUUUCACUUUUAUCCACAGGUUAUGUUUAUUCAGAAGGACCGAUGCACGUGUUGCCGCUGCUAUUUUCGUUGUUACCCGGAAUUGAUCCGAACGACGUCGGAAAAACUUUUGCUACGUUCCGUCUUAUCUCCGUUUAUGCCACGCUGAUCCCCAUUGUGGACUCUUCUAGAUCCACCGCAGUUAUGACCGAGGAGGAGAGGAUAGUCUGUGAAGCAACGUCGCGCUUCGAGGACUUCAUAUUGCAGUUCCUGGACAGAGUGUUCAUGUUUAUAGAUUCUAGCUCGUCGGAGAACGUGCGACUCGAGAAUCGCAGCGGUAACUCGAAGAGCAAGCUGGAGUCGAUCGCAGAAGCGGCACUUUCUGGUGUGUGCUCGACCCUCCUGAGGGAAAUCAGCGAUGCGAUUUUCGAGAGCGCUCUGCACAAGCUGCGCACCUUCAUGACGGAACGGAUCCUCGAAACCAAAGUCGCGGGUCAAUUGGCGGCGGUUGUGUACAAUAGUUUCUCUCACAUCAACGGACGUGAUACCCUGCGCACGCUACUGCCCGCGCUCGUGCAAACGAUUUUGCCGCUGGUAAACGAAGAAGAGGACAUCCUAAAGGAGGAAAACUUGGACCAUCGGCUCUUACACGCUAUGCUUAUACUGUCCGCGAUCGUUGACACGCCUGGCAACAAUUUGAUACCGCAUAUGGAUACGCUGUUCGAUGUCCUCGAUCGCGUUCUCCUCUUGAGAUCGACGGACGGCAAUAAAUUGGCCUGUCAUCUGUUGAAGUGCAUUUUAUCGUCAUUGUCGACCAUCACUCCAUGGCAGUACAGUUCCAACGAGAGAGACUACAAUGAUCCCAACUAUCCUUACGUUAGAGAAUGGGGUCAAAGCGUAGAUAUCGAUAAUUUCCGCAUCAAAUGGUAUAUUCCCGGCGAAGAAGAGAUCGCUGUCGUACAACGAAUCUUCUCAAAAUAUUUGACGGUUCAAAUUGACAAGCUUAAUAGAUACUGCAAAAAUACUAGUGUAUUAAGUAGGGAGGAACUGUUGGCAAGUUUGAAUAUCGUAUGCAGCAUUAUCAGAGGUUCCGAAUCUGUCCUACCAGUAUGGACAGAGGCACCACUCGACGUGAUCAAGUCUUCCGUGAAAUGGAAUAUAUCUAUAACGUCCACGUGCGGAAUGAAAGGGUAUGUUACGAUGCCUGAUGGAAGCAAUGUUAGACAUUAUCUCGCCGGGAUCAUGAGCCAAGUCCAACGGACGAUGCUUGAGAAUGCGGAGGACAACACGAAGAGUUUUUUUGGACUAAUACGGAUUUGGACUAGUCUAUUAUUGGGAAAGAUACGAUUGCGCGAACGUGACGGACGGCGCAAGGGUUUUUUAGUCAUCAAAAAGACGUUCGAGGACAGAUUGGUGGGAAAUAAGAGUCACAUAGCUUCGGUGAUAAUGGAUCGCUGUGAUAUUCAGCACGAGCUCAGACUGAUCGCGCAAUUGGUCGCACUUACGGCGACUCAUGAACGAAUAAUAUUGGAACUAUUCACUCUGGCUGUAGGCAGAUACGCGGACGUACGCUCGAAAGCUCAAGCCAGUCUCUUCUCCGCCUUUAAAAGUUUACCAUAUUCUCACUUACUUGUAAUGCCUCGUCUUAUUGAUAUUUUGGGGAGAGAUACCGAAGAACAUCACGAUGCGUAUAAGGGUGUUCUGUAUAUAUUACUCGGACCGCAACCGGCUCCUAUUAUCACGCAAGGAGAUUUGAAUAUAGUGACAUCAUUAUGGCCAGCCAUUGUGCUCUCUAAGCCGUCCGAAAAGCUGUCUGUGAUCCGCCUGAAACAGAACAUCGUAGACACUAUAGGCAAAUAUUUAUUUAUGAAUGCGCUCGAACUCGAAAUAUCCGACGCGUGUUUGACAACUGCACGCGCUUUAUGGAAACACUUUCCGCGAGCAGCCUUGCCCGAGCCUGAUCAAAAGGAGAUAGAGAAGGGUCGGCGAAACCUUGGGCAACUCAAUCGAUCUAAUUUGGCGGCGUAUAACGAUCUGCUCGAUGAACUUUUGCGUUGUAUACUCGAAGAAUCUCUACAUUGGCGGCACAGAGUAAUGGCGAUGACCUUCAUACGAGACUUGGUACAUCCGGAUCAAACCUAUUCCGCAAAAUUGGUUCGUUACUUUUUACAAGCGCUUAUACACGAUUCCUUGGAAGAAAGGAAAAUUGCCACCAGAGUGGUGACAUUUAUGUUAAAGCAACAAAAGCGAAAACAUUCAAAGGUAACCGUUGAUGUGCGCAGCUUGUCCGACGAAAGCACAUUAGAGGAGGGAAAAUUACGAAAUAUGCCCGGUAUAAGAGCUGACAACGCUUGGCUUCAGUAUAAUUAUGAAACCCGCCCGUUAACCGCCGAGCAAUGGGACGAAUCUAGAUAUGUUCAUCAACCGUACAUAGGUUACUACGUUUGGCCAAAAGUUCUACAAGUAUACGCACCUUCGUCCCAACAACCCUGUCUCGACCCGGAAGUGCGCGAGUUAACGGACUGCGAGAGGGAGAUCUAUUCCUUCUUCAAUGAUCCGCAAAAUAUCGAGAAGCUUAUAAAUUAUUUCAGUCUGGAGGAGAAGAAAGGCAAGGAUAAAUUCAACGCGUUGAGAUGUUUCCUGUUCAAGGGCCUGUUUCGUAAUCACGGGAUCGUUCAUUUGCGGCACUUCCUGCCGCAUUUGCAGCGGCUGGUGACGGACAAGCACGAAAGUAGCCAACGAUGUGCCGCGGAGAUUGCAGCCGGAAUCGUCAGAGGCGCCAAGCACUGGCCGUUCCAGAUGACGUGUGACAUGUGGCAGGCAUUAUUGCCCAUCAUAAGAACCGCGAUCGCGAAUCUAACGGAGGAGACCGUUAUAGAUUGGGUUGUGUGCUUCGCGACGAUGCAACAACAUAGAGAUCCUAACAGGCACCACUGGCUACUCGAGUGUCUAAUGGAGGAGCCGCCACUGAAAGACUCGUUCGUGGAAUGUGGUCGUCUAUACGUGCUACAGUCUGCUUUGAACCAGCAGUCGUGGCGGGUGACGGAACUGCUGCAACGUUUGCUGGUGCGUUUGGAGAACCGAUUACUGACGAAUCCAUUUCAGAAUGUCCGAGAACGUCUGGGAUCAGUGUUGGUCACCAUAUUCAACACCGAUCUGAGAUUCCCGUACAAUACAACCGACACCGCGACUCCGCGAAUGCAGGCUCUGAUCGAUAAGAUUGUACCGAGACUUGAGCGACUUGUAAAGGAUGACGACGCGACAGUCAAACCAAAUAAUCUUGACAAAGAGGAGAAUUUAUUAAAGAAAGUGGCUGACGUUUCGGUCGAUGAAUCAAAAGGAGCAUCGACAUCCAAAACGGAAGAACGGGAGAUGCCUACAAGAUUGUUGAAAAUCGUUUGCAAAUGGAUUACAAUUAGCCUGUCUCCUUUGCAGUAUACCACGACGUCAGGAUUUUAUCAAAUAUUUCCGAUCAUAUGUCAAUUAGAAAACUCGGAAGCGGACGAGGAGCUUAAUAAAUCAUGUUUACGUACCAUGGCGACACUCGCACAGGCAUUUACGUUGCCGGAGGACAUGUCAGUAGCGCUGACCGCAGUGAAAACAGUAUCCGAACACUCAUCGUGGUCUGCUAGGUUCACUAGUUUGGAGUUCCUUCAAGUAUUGGUUUUUCACAAUAUGGGCAUAAUUCUUAGUAACGUGUUAUGGAUUGACUGCGUUAAAGAUAUCGUUUUGCGCUUGUUAGAAGAUGAUCGUUUAGAGGUCAGAGAGAAGGCUAGUCAAGUACUCGGUGGACUAUUGCACUGCACGUUUAUCAUAGAUCAAGAGAAAUUACUGGAGGAGUUCAAGAGAAAAGCAAAAACCCGGUUGCAAAAAAAAAAUAAUUCUAUCAAUCAAGACGCGUUGGGAAACGUUAAGAUUGACGCGAUACGUAUACGUCAUGGUGGUGUGCUUGGACUAUGCGCUUUCAUUCAUGCUCAUCCGUAUGAUGUGCCCAAAUAUAUGCCUUCAGUCUUCGAACAUCUCGGCCUUCACAUGAAUGAUCCGCAACCUAUACCGAUGACCAUAAGGAAAACUUUGAGUGAUUUUAAACGGACGCAUUACGACGGUUGGGCAGGAAUGAGAGGCCAUGCCCAAUGCUUUACAGAAGAACAACUAGCUGUAUUACAAGAUUUAACAGUGCCGCCAUCGCAUUAUGCUUAAUCAGGGGGGGGGGGGGGAAUGAAAUUUUUCGAUACAAUAUAGCAAUAUAACAUGUAAUUGCAGAAUUGAUAGUUUUAACGGUAACUUAAGAAUGAAAAUCAUGUCCAUAAAGAAUGUGGUUAUUAAAAAUUAAACAAAAAUGACA